UCAGUAAACAAUUAUAACAUGGUUAGUGCGCUCUGGUUGGAGUUAUCAGCCAAGCCUUCGCUGGGCCCGAGUCAUCGUCAUUUUGGUUAUCUCCCAGGAGCACGUCUGAUUCAUGCCACACGUCCAGUCUUCAUGGCAACUCCCGUGCCAGUCCAUUACCCGGACUCUUGAAUUGCACUUAGCCGUCUGUUAUAGCUUAACUCCUCUCAAAGUCCCCAUCUUCGCCAGAGCUCCAAAUAUAGACUCAUCGAUCCGACUUGGGCCCCGUUACUCCGCAUCCUAAUUUCUUAUCGCGAGCGGCCCCAAAUACCUAGGGUACUAUUGCCUGCCUGCCCCUUUGAGCUUUCUGCUUGAGGUGCCAUAUUCAUCAUCUUCACUCAGAUUCUACCUUUGCGGGCAGAGUCACAGAACACACCUGUGCUCCUAUAGAUGAAAUCGGAAUAUGGAUAAAGACUUGUUGAAGGCGAAAGCUGAGCGUUCGGCAUCAGCCGAAUCGCCCCCUGCCUACGGGGAGUCUUCUUCCAGACGAGGGAGCCUGGGACAGCGGAUCCUCGAAAGCUUUCAAAGAGACCCAAACGCUCACGUCACUGCAUUUGCUUCCUUCUCGGAGAGCAAAGGAUACGAUAUUGAAAAUGCGGCUGAGAAAGCCGCGACCUCGCCGUUACAACGUCAUCUAAGGGGCCGUCACCUGCAAAUGAUCGCGAUUGGAGGCUCCAUUGGUACUGGCCUCUUUGUUGGUUCUGGACGGGUCCUUGCAACUGGGGGCCCAGCGUCGCUUCUCAUCGCAUAUGCCCUGAUCGGAUGCAUGCUUUACUGUACUGUGCAUGCGCUUGGGGAGAUGGCCGUUAUAUUUCCUGUGGCGGGGUCCUUUGCACACUAUUCAACCCGAUUUAUCGACCCGGCUUGGGGAUUUGCCAUGGGCUGGAAUUAUGCUUUGCAGUGGCUGGUAAUUCUACCUUUAGAAAUUGUCGCCGCAUCAAUAACAGUCGAUUAUUGGGACUCGAAUAUCUCAAACGCAGCAUGGGUGACUUUAUUCUGGGCGGUCAUUGUCUCCAUAAACCUCUUCGGGGUAAAGGGAUAUGGUGAGGCGGAAUUCGUCUUCUCGUCCAUCAAAGUCAUCGCCGUAAUAGCCUUCAUUAUACUUGGGAUUAUCCUGAAUUGUGCUGGGGGUCCGAAUGGGAGCUACCUUGGUGCCAGGUACUGGCGGGAUCCUGGUGCAUUUCACCAUGGGUUUAAAGGCCUGUGUGAUGUAUUUGUUAAUGCUGGGUUUGCCUUUGCUGGAACUGAACUCGUCGGCCUCGCGGCUGCUGAAACAGCCAACCCCCGCAAAUCUCUCCCCACUGCUGUCAAGCAGGUUUUCUGGCGCAUUACACUUUUCUAUAUCGUGUCGCUCACGUUAGUCGGCCUUUUGAUUCCUUAUACGGAUCGUCGAUUGAUAAACGGGACCUCUACUGCCGAUUCGAGGGCUUCACCCUUUGUGAUCGCGAUCGAAAACGCUGGUAUUGAAGUUCUGGAUUCUGUGAUGAAUGUGGUCAUCAUGAUUGCUGUUCUUUCUGUCGGAAAUUCAGCUGUUUAUGGUUCCUCUCGGACACUCGCGGCCCUUGCGGAGCAACGACAAGCCCCUCGAUUUCUGGCCUACAUCGACCGCAAAGGCCGCCCCUUGUGGGCUAUCGGUAUUGCAUCGGCUCUUGGACUUCUGGGAUUCCUAGCCGCAACAGACCAGCAAGAGAUUGCCUUUGAGUGGAUGAUUGCGAUCUCCGGCCUCUCAUCAAUUUUCACCUGGGGCUCGAUCUGCCUGGCGCAUAUACGCUUUCGCCGCGCAUGGCGGCUACAAGGCCACAGCCUGAAUGAGUUGGCAUUCCUCUCUCAACCAGGAUUGAUUGGAUCAUGGGUAGGAUUUAUAUUCAACUGCCUGAUUCUUAUUGCCCAAUUUUGGGUUGGUUUUGCGCCAAUCGACUACGAAACCAUGUCGACUACUACUCUGAUUCGCAAUUUCUUCUCAAAGUAUCUGGCGGCACCGGUUGUGCUUCUGUUCUACAUUCCGUAUAAGCUGCGGUUCCGAACCAAGAUUCUCCGGGCGAGAGACAUGGAUUUGAGGACAGGCCGGCGGGAAUUGAAUGUCCAAUGGCUCAUGAAAGAGGAACGCGCCCAACAGGCGGCCUGGCCGGCUUGGAAGAAGCUAUACAAAUUCUUUUGCUGAAGUGGCUGAGGAGCGGAUACGGCACACUUGGAUUUUAUUUUUAUUUUUUUUGCCUCGCUUCUCGUCACGACCUCAUGAUAUACCCAAGCCUGUAUAUAAAACUUUCUUUCAUGGUUUUUCGAAUGGAUACUGUCUCCCUACAUUCUCCUCAAUAGUAGGUAGACUACAGUGGGGACUGUUGCUGAUUCCUGACGAGAGAGUACUACUACUAGUAGUUAGUGAUGUCUCAUCAAAACACCAACGACUGAAGAUGUUGAUGCUGGGAGGUGGUAAAUU